AUGGAGCUAUCACCUACCAUGCCAGCUCCACAGUCGAACACCAUCGCCGAGAACUCAGCAUCCACCAUAUCGAGUGAAACAGAAGCACACGAGCCCACCAUGACGGCUUGCCAUAAGACGUUCGCGGUCGCGGAGCUCGCUGAAGCGAUCUUCCUCGAGCUGUCGAUGAGUGAUCUCCUGUGCGCAGUUCAGGCCACUUGCCAGCACUGGAAAGCCAUCGUUGAUAGCUCGACACACUUGCAGCAAGCUCUCUUCUUCAGCCCGGUGCCGAUCGCGCCUCUGUCGUGGAGAGACGACGAGGACGACGAAGAGUGGCAACAGGACGCUGGUGGCGAAUGGGUGUGGCCUGCCGGCGUCGAAACUCGCAAAAUCUGUGAGCAUCCGCUUAUCAGUCGCACUUUGACUGACGACGCUUUCGAUUGGGAUGCUCUGCGUCGUCUGGCGAUUCACGGCGCUUCGUGGAGGAAAGCUCUGGCAACUCAGCCCCCAACUUCCGUGUUAGACAUCAGCUACAUGCGCAGGCGUAGCACGAAAGACUAUGGUGAUAGAGAAGCUUAUGCUAAGAAUCCCAACGGAGUGAGGUUGAACGAAGUCUUUGUCGACUUGGGCUCUCCCAAACUUCUGGACAGCAUCAGUCUCCAGGGCUGGCAACAAUGGGAUAUAUACAAUCACCCGCGAGAACUGGAUGUAUUGCGAUCCGUUCGAGUCAAGAAAACACUUGAGCAGGUGCAUGCAAAAAUUUCGAACGGCGUAGCCGACCAGACCGAGAACGACAAUUCCAGCGCGUGUCACAGCCUUUUCAAUAUUCCGGAGCUGUCUGAAAUGGUCUUCCUAGAACUCCCCAUGUGCGACUUGCUUUGCGCGGUCCAGCAAGUGUGUCGGGAGUGGAAGGCGAUCGUUGACAACUCGCCCCACGACUGGGUCUGGCCGGAUGGCAAGCAGAAUCGCAGGAUAUAUGAACAUCCGUUAUUCUCCACUUUGUUCGACCGGGAUGAGUGGAGGACGCGAGAUCUCACUGAAGAUGGGCUAAGGCGGUUGAAUUAUCCUGGAGCAACAUGGAAAAAGAGUCUCGUCACGCAGCCUCCCAUCGCCGACCUGGACUAUCAGCACCGAAUUCACAAAGCGGGACCGAACGGUAUCACCAUGGGCGACGUGUUUGGAGAUGCAGACGACUUGGCGAAGUCCGAAUUCGACGUGAUUGCUGGGUGGGGACAUUGGAUCGAGUUCGAGCAUGUGGGACAACUGCAAGACUUGAAGCUUCCCAAGGCCCCCAGAGUCAGACGAGGCGCGAGCUGA